AUGGAAAAGUUGGUCAACCUAUGCUAUCUUGAUAUCACUGGUGCAGAUAAAUUAGAAAGCAUGGCAAGCAAUGUUAGCAUGCUAACUAAUCUUCAAAAACUUUCCAUUUUUGUUUUGGGUAAAGAGAAGGGACAUAAAAUAAGGGAGCUAAUGAAUUUGUCAAAUCUCAGGGGUGAACUUUGUAUUUCAGGAUUACAGAAUAUAGCUGAGCCUCGAGAUGCAUGGAUAGCUAGAUUAUCUGAUAAGUCUAGAAUUGGGAAUUUAAAAUUGCAAUGGAGCAAAGACUUUGUGAAUAGAAGAGAAGAAGUCGAGAAAAAGGUGUUGGAUGGACUUCAACCUUUUAAGAAGCUCAUGGAGCUCAACAUUAAGUUCUAUUAUGGUGAAAUGUUGGCAAAUUGGGUGGGAGAUUCAUCCUUCAAUUGUUUACAAUCUUUAUGCCUUGAUGGUUGUAUAAAUUUAUUGUCAUUGCCAUCAAUUGGGAAAUUGCCAUUGUUGAAAAAGGUACGUAUUAAAGGAUUGCGCAGUGUAAGGACUGUGGGAGUUGAGUUCUUUGGAGAGAAAACGACCAACACAUUUUCUUCAUUGGAGAUUUUAGAGUUUGAGGGCAUGCUUAAUUGGGAGAAGUGGAUCUUGUGUGAAGUUAAUGAGGAAGCUAGGAAAUUCCCUAAACUUCGUGAACUCUUUAUUGAAAAUUGUCCCUUAUUGUUAGGGAGUAUGCCGGAAUACCUUCCUUCUUUGAAGAAACUUGCAAUUCGUAGGUGCGGGAAGUUGAUAAUUUCUGUUCAAAACUUUCCAUUGCUUUCAGAAUUAGAAAUUCACGGUUGCCACGAGGUAAUUUAUAAAGGUUUUGCAGAUUAUAGCUCUAUAAAAAGGAUCUCGUUUGGAAGGAUUUCCAAGUUUAGUUGUGCAGCAGAAUGCUUGAGGUUAAGAUCAAUAAAAGUGGAAUUGUUUGAGAUUGUUGAUUGUGAGGAGUUGUGCCCUUCUCAAGAGAACAAUUGGGGAUUGCUAACUCAGUCCAUUUCCCUCAAAAAUUUGAGAAUUUCCAAUUGUCCGCAACUUGUAUCCAUAGGAACAGAAGAGGAAAGAGAAGAAUUGAUGCAAUUGAAGAUCCCUUCUAGCAUUGAGUUGCAAAUUUACAGUUGUAAAUCUCUAAAGAGAAUAAAUAGAAGUGAGUUGCCCUCCACACUGAAAACACUUAGAAUAAAAAAGUGUCCAAAGCUAGAGUCCAUAUCCCAAGAAAUUCAAGAUAACUCUUCUCUUGAAUCUAUUGAAAUCUAUGGAUGUGAUAUGCUUAAGGGUUUACCUCAAGGAUUGAACAAGCUCAAGCAUUGCAAGCGCAUAUGGAUAAAUAAUUGUUCAAAUUUGAUUUCCUUAGGAGAGAGUGGUUUGCCCACCACAAACCUUGAAGUGCUCCGCCUUUACUCUUGUAGACGUCUCCAAGCUUUGCCUGGGAAUAUGCACAGUCUCAACGCUCUAAAAAAAUUAGAAAUAAGGGAUUGUCCAAAUGUGACAUUCAUUCUGGAAGAGGGGAUUCCUACCCAUCUCACUUCGCUUAGAAUUGGUGGACCCAAUAUCUGGAAGGCAAUACUUGAGAGGGAUUUGCAUACACUCACUUGUCUUAAAUCUCUCUCCAUAUCAAAUGGGUGUCCGGAUGCUGUGUCAUUUCCUCAAGAUGAGAUAGGAGUCACACUGCCCUCCUCUCUCACCCAUCUCUGCAUCUCGGAUUUCCCAAAACUGGAGAGCCUAUCCUCCAAUGGCUUUCGCAACCUCAGUUCUCUCCAGUACUUGACUAUCGAAAAUUGCCCAAACCUCAAGACUCUUCCGGGAAACAACAUGCUUUCUUCGCUUUUGGAGCUAAAUAUCGUGGGGUGUCCAAUGAUGGAAGAACGGUGCAAAAGGGAUAAAGGACCUGAGUGGUCCAAAAUUACCCACAUACCUUAUGUUGCUAUUAGGGCUCAGACACAAGUUCUUCAGAGAAACAAUAAUUGA